UCCGCUGCUAUAGAGGGUGUCUCCAGUUUAUGAAAUCGUUAGGAAAAUGCCUCCUAAAGCAAGUGGAAAAGCUGUAAAGAAAGCUGGUAAAGCACAGAAAAACAUCAGCAAGACCGAUAAGAAGAAGAAGAGGAGGAGGAAAGAAAGCUAUGCAAUCUACAUCUACAAAGUGUUGAAGCAAGUCCAUCCUGACACUGGUAUUUCCAGCAAGGCGAUGAGCAUCAUGAACAGUUUUGUGAAUGAUGUCUUUGAGCGGAUUGCUGCUGAAGCCUCACGCUUAGCUCAUUACAACAAGAGAUCGACCAUCACAUCUCGGGAAAUCCAAACGGCCGUCAGACUUUUGUUGCCUGGUGAAUUAGCGAAGCAUGCUGUUUCUGAAGGCACUAAAGCUGUUACUAAGUACACCAGUUCAAAGUAAAUGCUGCAGCAUAUUCUAAUCGGCCCUUUUAAGGGCCAACAAUUUUUAUUACGUAGACCAGCCUCCUUUCUAACAUUUUCCUUAUUUUUAUCCCAUGAUUGUAUGUAAUAUAAAUGAUAUUUUUUUUAUACUAAAGGUAAUCAUACCAGUUACAUCAUUUACAAAACUACUUAAUAAUUUUAUUUCAAUUUAAGACCUAAACUUUUAAUGCUUUUCCGCGAUUUCUAUUUGACUUGCGCAGUAGGUAUAGUGUUGUAACCAAUGGAACAAUCAAUGAUGGAGAUUCUUUCAAUUUAUAAAAUUGUGUCCAUCUUAUUUUGCAAUUCAGAACAAUACAUCGAUAUAAAUCAACAAUUUCGGCAUCAAUAAUACUGAAGAAAGUAUUAUACAUAUUAUA